AUGUGUAACAGAUGCAUCACUGCUGAUCGCGACUGUCUGUAUAAGAGUCCAAGACCUUGGAUCUUCGAGGGUUCGGUCUCAAAAGUCGUUGCGGUAGCAAUUGAUCGUGCCGGAGGGUCUCUUCUGGCGCCCAAAACCAUCCCUUUACAAGAGCAGCACGGUUUCAGGCCCAACCAGUAUAACCCUCGAAUUCUUGCCAGACCGCAAAUAGCACGACAGAUCAUUCAUGCACUCGGUGAUACGCCCGAAGAACGACGCAGCAUACGCUUCUGGCUGAGCGAGACGGCCCCGAACCUUACAAAAUCUUGGUUGAACCAUGAGGUCUGGGCCGUUGUGGUUCCCUUGUGGGCGACAGUCUGUCCUGCAUGCCGACAUCUGCUGGUAGCCGCCGCACUUGCAGAUGAGCAACUUCGCAUCAACAAAGGAGCAGGAGCCGGCGUAGGAUCUCCGUCGACCAAUCUGACCAGGUCGACCUUCUGUCAUUACCAAUGGGCGCUGCGAAGGAUUUCUUCAAUAGAGAUCCCCGACCCGCUUCAGAUUGUCGGUUUCAUUGUGGCAUCGUUGAUUAGCUGGGUUUUCGAAGCCGCGCAGGGCAAUGCCCUGGCCGCAAACGUGCAUAUCAAGGCCGCCUCACGCAUAUUGCGAGAGCUGGAAGUGUCGACUACCUUGUCCUCUCUCGAGCUUGACCAGCUCGCCGAACUCAAGCCUGUAGUCUAUUUGCUGCAAACCAAUAUCUUGGGCCUCGUCGGAUGA